ACUGAAGAAGAAAUCCCAGUCAGUGGAUAUUGCCACUCAAGGAUUCUCCCCUACCCUGGUGCCAGCCUCACCGAUCAACAAGACUGAACCACCUGUUACCAAGACAACCACGUUGGGGGUGCAGCAAAACAAUGCAACCAAUUCCCAGAGAAUCUGCAGUCCACGGUGCAGCGAGCUGAAACGCGGCUACACCAUCGAUACCAGCCAGAAGAAGACUCAAGAGAAGAAGGAUGGCAGCAGACGCAUGUCGUUCCAGAGACCCAAAGGAACCAUUGAGUAUGCUGUGGAGACGCGGGACACGCUGAACAACAUAGCGCUCAAGUUUGACACCACACCCAACGAGCUGGUUCAGCUCAACAAGCUGUUCUCCAGAGCCGUCUGUCCUGGCCAGGUUCUGUAUGUUCCUGAUCCUGAGCACAAAUCCAGUGUGGGGAGCUCCCCUUCCCUUAGCCCCAUCAGCCCUCUGUCUCCCACCUCCUCAGAAGCUGACUUAGAGAAGGUGACG